AAGAUGAUUUUGAACAAGCAUUUCGUCUAAUGUAUUUGAUAAGGUGCCAUACAUAUAUAUGAAUAUAAAUAUCAGCGUAUCCUGUCUACUUACUUAGAUCUUCUUAACAGACUCCAAGAGAUCACCAUAUGGACCAUUCGCUCGAAUCCUGAAAAAGCUCGACUGGCCAAAAAUGCAGUCCAAUAACCAAGUUACUAGUCAAUCAAGUAGUUCGUGGCGUGGGAAAUCUUGUAAAUGGAUUCUGACGGCCGUCUUGUCCCUAUUUCUCCUGGCUUUAAUCACAUGUAGCAAGGUGUCUAUUAUGGUAUUGUCAAAGCGGUUGGCAGACCGGGUGAACACAACCAAAGAAAGUACAGUCAUUCUCUUUGUUAUGUUGGAGAUGAUGAUUCUGAUACCGAACAUUGUCACUUUGUUCAGAAGUAUAAUCAAGUGUUAUUUUCGGAGAGAUAUACCUUCACCUGCAAAAUGGGAAUAUUUCUUGGCCUUUGCCAUAAGUCUCUCCGAAAGCUGUGGACUUACACUUUUUGUGUUUAUUUGGCCAAGAUACAUCACGCCUUCGAUGUGUAUUGCUCUUAUGGGAUGUAUUACGACACCUAUUACAAUGUUCUACAUUUUAGCAAAGGUUUCAGAUGUAAUUAGAGUACUCCUUUCAGUCUUGGUCCUUGCAUUUACAGUUUGCCUCACCGUCUUCCCCGAGAUCUUAAACCAUACAAGAAUUCCUGGCAAUGGAAUCGCUUACUUUACACUUACCGCCGUUUUCCUUCUCUUCGCAUGGAUGCCACAGAUGCAAAGUAAGCUGUUGGACGGAUACGUAAAAAAAGACGAGACCUCUGAAAAUGAAGAGGGCAAUAACCAGGAAGACGUACACAUGACAGCAAAUGAAGAGGGCAAUAACCAGGAAGACAUACUUAUGACAGAAAAUGAAGAGGGCAAUAACCAGGAAGACAUACUUAUGACAGAAAAUGAAGAGGGCAAUAACCAGGAAGACGUACAUAGGACAGAAAAUGAAGAGGGCAAUAACCAGGAAGACAUACUUAUGACAGAAAAUGAAGAGGGCAAUAACCAGGAAGACGUACAUAGGACAGAAAAUGAAGAGGGCAAUAACCAGGAAGACGUACAUAGGACAGAAAAUGAAGAGGGCAAUAACCAGGAAGACGUACAUAGGACAGAAAAUGAAGAGGGCAAUAACCAGGAAGACAUACUUAUGACAGAAAAUGAAGAGGGCAAUAACCAGGAAGACGUACAUAGGACAGAAAAUGAAGAGGGCAAUAACCAGGAAGACGUACAUAGGACAGAAAAUGAAGAGGGCAAUAACCAGGAAGACAUACUUAUGACAGAAAAUGAAGAGGGCAAUAACCAGGAAGACGUACAUAGGACAGAAAAUGAAGAGGGCAAUAACCAGGAAGACGUGCAUAGGACAGAAAAUGAAGAGGGCAAUAACCAGGAAGACGUGCAUAGGACAGAAAGGGUUAAAACGUCUCUAUGGGAAAUGUUCUUCAGCAUUGAAUCUUUUCCGAUUGACAAAAAACAAACAACGUGGAAAAUAACACUAUUUAUGUCUUUCUGGAAGAUAGUGUUCGUGCAUCUUAUUUCGAUGGGGAUUUUCUAUUAUACGCCCCCUCAUGGUCUCAGAAACUAUGAUUCUGCUUUUAAACUAAGCCUUUGGAAACAUCUGGACAGAAGGCAGUUGUUGUAUUUUUCCUCGAACAUAAUUUGCAGUUUCCUAGGAUAUAUGCUAUACUUCUUCGCAAAUACAGUACAACUCAAAUUUCGUUGGCAUGCAAUACCGCUCUGUUUGAGUUCCCUUAUGUCAUGUGUGUUGCUUUUACCUGAGGUUCUUGGUAAUUACAUAUUCGUAGAUGAAGGAACGAACAAUUUUACGAAACUCAAUGUUUAUUUCACAUCUGGUGCUGCUAUCGUUGUAACAGCUAUAUAUGUAAUAGAUAAACUACGCGAGGAAAAGGAAAAUGAGAAAGAAAAUCUUAUCCUAAGGGAAUAUCAGUUAUUUUGGAUUCCCACGUACAACUCUGUUCUCCUCGACCAAUGGCUUCUGCUUUGCGAGAGGCGCCCAGGAACUAGGAAAUCGAAUCUGGCCGAAAACGCCCCUGUGAAUCACAGACCAAAGGUGUUUAUAUGCACAACAAUGUACCAAGAGAGCGAAGAGGAAAUGGAGCAAUUAUUGAAUUCUUUUAAAGCUUUGAACCACAAGGAGAAAAAGGAAUAUGAUUGUGAAAUCAACAUAUUUUUUGAUGAUGCAUGUGGCAAAGAAAACACAUUUAUCGACCAACUUACUAAGCUCGUCAAUAACAUAUUCAAAAAAGCGAGAAUCGACGAGAAUAUGUGA